AUGGUCUCACUCUUGUUUGUGCUCUUCCUUGAACUCCUCUUGAAAGCAACAACAGAGAGGACAACGGAGUUUAUUUUCCACGGUUUUAAAGGAAACCAAUCACAAGUUCAGCUCCAAGGAGAUUCAACCAUCAAACCCAACGGACUAUUGAGGCUCACCGAUCGAAACUCAAACGUUGCCGGAACAGCUUUCUUCCACAAACCGGUGAGUUUGCUCAACAAAAGCAACGACUUCACGGUUCGUUCCUUCAGCACUUCUUUUGUCUUCAUCAUAAUACCUUCAAGCUCAAACAACGGAGGCUUCGGCUUUACCUUCACGCUAUCUCCAACCCCAAACCGUACAGACGCAGAAUCCGCGCAGUACUUGGGCCUCCUCAACGAAAGAAACGACGGUGAUCCGAGCAAUCACGUUUUCGCUGUUGAAUUCGACACGGUACAGGGAUUCAAAGACAGCACAAACCGAAUAGGCAACCACAUCGGUCUAGAUUUCAACAGCCUCUCUUCAGAUGUCCAAGAACCGGUGGCUUAUUACAACGACGAUGGCAAGAAAGAAGAAUUCCAACUCGCGAGCGGCGAGCCGAUCCAAGUCUCUGUGGACUACGACGGGCCAACCAAAACUCUUAACCUCACUGUUUAUCCGACCAGGUUGGGAUUUAGACCGACAAGUCCCUUGAUCUCACGGCAGGUCCCAAAACUGUCAGAUAUUGUUAAAGAUGAAAUGUUCGUCGGAUUCACCGCAGCGACCGGUAGAGAUCGGUCGAGCGCCCAUUACCUGAUGGGUUGGAGUUUCUCAAGCGGCGGAGCAAAUCCGAUUGCAGCUACGCUGAAUCUCUCGGAGCUUCCUCCUCCACCUCCAAAUACGGCGAAGAAGAGAGGAUACAAUGGCAAGGUCGUCGCUCUGAUCGUGGCUUUAUCGACUUGUAUUUCGAUCAUGUUGGUGUUGUUGUUAAUCUUCAUGAUUUACAGAAAACGAAUGCAGCAAGAAGAGAUUCUUGAGGAUUGGGAAAUCGAUCAUCCCCACAGAUUUAGAUACAGAGACCUCUACACUGCUACAGACGGGUUCAAGGAGAGCCGGAUCGUCGGAACCGGAGGAUUCGGAACCGUUUACAGAGGAGGAAGCAUCUCAUCAUCUUCGCCUGAUCAAAUCGCGGUGAAGAAGAUAACUCCGAAUAGCAUGCAAGGUGUUCGAGAAUUUGUGGCAGAGAUAGAGAGUUUAGGGCGUUUGAGGCAUAAGAACCUGGUCAACCUCCAAGGAUGCGGAAACUCCUCGACGGCUUCCGACGUUUACGCAUUUGGCGUUCUGCUGUUAGAGAUGGUGUCCGGGAGGAAGCCUACGGAUUCGGGGAGCUUCUUCUUAGCCGAUUGGGUUAUGGAGCUACAAGCGAGCGGUGAGAUCCUAGGUGCCGUUGAUCCGAGGCUCGGAUCUAGCUACGAGGAAGGAGAGGCAAGGCUUGCUCUCGCCGUCGGUUUGCUCUGUUGCCACCCAAAAAUGGGAUCUCGUCCGCAGAUGAGGAUGGUGAUUAGGUAUUUGAGCAGAGACGAGGAUGUUCCUGAGAUUGACCAAAAUUGGGGAUAUUCAGAUUCUUCGAUAAGCGAUUUAGGAUCGAAAUUCGGAGGGUAUGUUUCGUCGGAUAGAGCUUCGAGCUCACACACAUGUUCGUCGUCUCUUACCAGGAUUUCUUCAGCUUCAUUCAUCAGUGGUAGGUAG